GCGCCCCGCCUCCCGCGCUCCACCCCUCGCCGCGCCGCGCCCCGGUUCCCACGGCGCCACUGGGCACCGCGACCCAGCCUGCCCGCCCCGCAAGCAGCCCCGCCGGGCCAGGCCGCGCGAACAUGGCGCUUGUCCCCUGCCAGGUGCUGCGCGUGGCCAUCCUGCUGUCCUAUUGCUCCAUCCUGUGCAACUACAAGGCCAUCGAAAUGCCCUCCCAUCAGACCUAUGGGGGGAGCUGGAAGUUCCUGACCUUCAUUGAUCUGGUCAUCCAGGCUGUCUUCUUCGGCAUCUGCGUGCUGACUGAUCUCUCCACUCUCCUGACCAGAGACAGCGGGAACCAGGAGCAAGAGCGGCAGCUUAGGAAGCUCAUCUCUCUGCGGGACUGGACGCUGGCCGUGCUCGCCUUUCCUGUCGGGGUUUUUGUUGUCGCAGUAUUCUGGACCAUCUAUGCCUAUGACAGAGAGAUGAUAUACCCCAAAUUGCUUGACAACUUCAUCCCAGGUUGGCUGAACCACGGAAUGCACACAACUGUUUUACCCUUCAUAUUAAUCGAGAUGAGGACAUCCCACCAUCAGUACCCCAGCAGGAGCAGCGGGCUCGCCGCCAUAUGCACCUUCUCCGUGGCCUACAUAUUAUGGGUGUGCUGGAUACAUCAUGUCACCGGCAUGUGGGUGUACCCUUUCCUGGAACAUAUUGGCUCGGGCGCCAGGAUCAUCUUCUUUGGGUCAACAACAGUUCUAAUGAAUUUCCUUUACCUGCUGGGAGAAGUGCUGAACAGCUACAUCUGGGAUACCCAGAGAAGUAUGGAAGAAGAGAAAGAGAAGCCUAAGCUGGAAUGAGAUCUGAGUCUAAAAGGAGAAACAGGAAGGAGCUACCCUUGAAUUCUUCUGGCCCUGGGCAGCAGCAGUGAGGAUAGAGCCUCAAAGGGGCCAUGGCAUCAAUCCUGUCUCCCUGACCCUGAGGGAGGACAACUUUUAGAUACGAAAAUGUGCAAAAUAGGAUGCAUUGCUCUCGAAAAUAACUCACCCUUGUUGUUUUAAGUACUCUAUCCAAGUUCACUAUUGAUGACAUAUGUUUCCUCUUUUCUAGUUUUAAAACUAAAGUUGGUCAUUGAAUUUUCAGUUUUACAAUAAUAACUCCAUUUAAUUAAG